AUGGGGAAGUUGUUGCUGUGGGUCGGGUUGCUCCUUUUCCUGGAACACCACGAGGGGGCUGCCCUCAAACUGGUGUGUUAUUUCAACAAAUGGGCACAUAGUCGCUCCGGCCCAGCCUCCGUCUCGCCCCGUGACCUGGACCCUUCUCUCUGCACCCACCUGAUAUUUACCUUUGCCUCAAUGAACAACAACCAGAUCAUUGCUAUGGAUCGCUUGGACCAGAAACUUCUCUAUCCAGAGUUCAACAAGCUCAAGGAGAGGAACAGGAAGCUGAAGACACUGUUGUCCAUCGGGGGGUGGGAAUUCGGCACACUCAGGUUCACCACCAUGCUGGCCACGACAGCCAAGAGGAAGACGUUCAUCAAUUCAGUGAUACCCUUCCUAAGGACACACGGCUUCGACGGCCUGGACCUCUUCUUCCUGUACCCUGGACAGAGGGGCAGCCCCGAGCACGACCGGUGGAAUUUCCUCUCCUUGAUUGAAGAGCUCCUGUUUGCCUUCCGGGAGGAGGCGCAUCUCACCAGGCGCCCAAGGCUCCUGCUGUCUGCUGCUGUCUCGGGGAGCCCACACAUCAUCCAAAGAGCUUAUGAUGUGCGCCUUCUCGGGAUGCUCCUGGAUUUCAUCAAUGUCUUGUCUUAUGACUUCCAUGGAAGCUGGGAGAAGUUCACAGGACACAACAGCCCCCUGUUCUCUUCUCCUGAAGACCACAAAUCUUCGGCCUAUGCCAUGAACUACUGGCUAAAGCUCGGGGCCCCACCACGGAAGCUCAUCAUGGGGCUCCCUGCCUACGGACGUACCUUUCUCCUCUCCAAAGCCUCUGAGAAUGGACUUCAGGCCGCCGCUGCGGGGCCAGGGUCCCCAGGGAAGUACACCAACAGGGCUGGCUUCCUGGCUUACUUUGAGGUCUGCUCCUUCAUACAGGGAGCGAAGAAAGGCUGGAUUAACCAUCAGUCUGUUCCAUACGCCUCCAAGGGGAACGAGUGGGUUGGCUACGAUGAUGCUUUCAGUUUCAGUUACAAGGCAUUAUUCAUAAAGAAAGAGCAUUUGGGAGGCGCCAUGGUGUGGACCUUGGACCUGGAUGACGUCAGGGGCACUUUCUGUGGCCACGGCCCUUACCCCCUCGUGUCCAAGCUGCACUACUUCCUGGUGCAGGCUGAGUCCAACUCAACAACUUCACCAAUGUAUUGGUCCUCACCUGCGAAGCAUUCUUCAGGCGUGGGCUCUGGAAGGCCAACCGUGACAACAGAGUUGGCCAACUUCUUCCCAGGAAGAGAGGUCACGACCAGGAAGGCCCAGGUGGGGUCUGACACCAUGACAACAACCUCCAGAGAGAUGCUGGUGCUAUCAUGCGAAUUCGUCUUCUCCCCCUUCCAGAGCUUCCGCAGAUGCGGCCUGUGUGUCGGUGGGCAGUGGAAAACCAGCACCAUGAAGAUCCUGGUGGUGGUCUUGAUUUGUCUGCACCUCUCAGAGGGCUUGGAAAGAGUCAUUCUGAGGAAAGGCAAAUCGAUCCGCCAGAAAAUGGAGGAGCGGGGUGUACUGGAGACGUUCCUGAAGAGCUACCCAAAGGUUGACCCUGCUGCCAAGUACCAUUUCAAUAAUGACGCUGUUGUUUAUGAGCCGAUCACCAACUACCUGAAUGAUUUCUACUUUGGGGAGAUCAGCAUUGGGACGCCACCCCAGAAUUUCCUGGUUCUCUUUGACACGGGUUCCUCUAACCUGUGGGUGCCCUCCACCUACUGCCAAAGCCAGGCCUGUUUCAAACACAACAGGUUCAACCCUGGACAGUCCUCCACCUUCAGGUACGACGGACAAACCUACAACCUGUACUAUGGCAGUGGCAGCCUGAGUGUGGUCCUGGGCUAUGACACCGUUUCCGUUCAGAACAUCAUCAUUCGUAACCAGGAGUUUGGCCUGAGUGAGAGUGAGCCCACAAGCCCCUUCUACUACAUUGACUUUGAUGGGAUCUUGGGGAUGGCCUACCCCAAACUGGCAUCCCAGAGCUCCCCGACGGUCAUGCAAGAGAUGCUGCAGCAGGACCAGCUCACUGAACCCAUCUUCAGCUUCUACUUCUCCCGCCAACCAACCUAUCAGUAUGGUGGAGAGCUCAUCCUGGGAGGCGUGGACACUCAGCUUUAUUCAGGUGCAAUUGUCUGGACCCCUGUCACCCGCGAGGUCUACUGGCAGAUUGCCAUUGAGGAGUUUGCCAUCGGUAGCCAGGCCACCAACUGGUGCUCCCAGGGCUGCCAGGCCAUCGUGGACACUGGCACCUUCCUGCUGGCUGUUCCCCAGUAUUACCUGGACUCCUUUCUGCAGGAGACUGGAGCUGAGCAGGCCGAGAACGGUGAUUACGUGGUUGACUGUGACUCCAUAGAGCGCAUGCCCACCAUCACCUUCGUCAUCAGCGGAGCUCAGUUCCCUCUGCCCCCCUCUGCCUACGUCCUCAACAAUGAUGGCUACUGCAGGCUUGGGAUUGAGGCCACUUACGUGCCCUCGCCCAAUGGGCAGCCCCUGUGGAUUCUGGGAGAUGUCUUCCUCAAGGAGUACUACUCUGUGUACGACUUGGCCAACAACAGGGAAUUUGCCAUGAAAUACUGGCGAGACAAUGGAGUUCCUGCUGAGAAGCUCGUUAUGGGGUUCCCCACGUACGGGCGGACCAUGCGCCUCAAUUCUUCAGAAGUGUUUGUGGGAGCACCCAUGUCUGGGUCAGGGUCCGUAGGACCCUACACGCAUGAGGCUGGCUUCUGGGCCUACUAUGAGAUCUGCACUUUUUUACCUGAAGCCACCACCUCAUGGACUGAAGACCAGAAGGUCCCCUAUGCCUACAAAGGAAAUGAGUGGGUUGGGUUUAAUAAUCUUGAAAGCUAUGAGAACAAGGUGAAGUUCCUGAAAGAAAAUGGGUUUGGUGGUGCUAUGAUCUGGGCUCUUGACUUAGAGGACUUCCUGGGCAGCUUCUGUGGUGAGGGUGCCUAUCCUCUGAUCUCCAAGCUCAUGUCUCUCAUGGGGCUGCAGACACCAGAGCAGUGA